AUGGCAACCAUAAGAUCCGUGUGUACCAGCAACAUGACAGAUGAAAUGACAGCGAUACUGUGCAGAGCUCUGGAGGAGCUGCCACAGAAUUUGGGACAGCUCAAUAUCAAAUUGGGCAAAGAAGGAGUAGGAGAUAGUUCACCGAAAAAGCUCGAUCUUAAAGAACUGCAUAAGAUUUCCCUGCCAUGGCUUUCUGUAGGCCUAGAAGAAGACGGGCGGAUCGCACUCAAGGUGAUGGGGGUGUACGACUCAGAUGCCUGGCUCGGAUCGGCAGGAUUACGCUUAGAAUCUGAUGAAGGGGAGUGGCCAGUCUCCUAUCAUGGAACCGACUUUCAAAUGGCAAAAUUGACUGCAAAACAAGGUUCUCAAUUGAAGAAAUGCCAGCACCCCCAAUGCAGAGAGGGGAUUUAUUCUACUCCAAACCCAGACAUCGCCGCACAGUAUGCUGCCACAUUUCAACACCAAGGUUGUACCUACCAAAUCAUGAUGCAAAAUCGAAUCAAUGCAAAGAAAUCCAUCUUUCACAAGGAAGAGGAGUAUUAUGUGACUCCUAAUGAUGAUAACAUCAGGAUGUUCCACGACGAUAUCACUGGGGCCGAAGGUCACCCGCCGGGGUUUCUCGUCCGGGCUGUCCAGCGGGAGAUCCGGCACAUCCGGCAGGAAUCGAACCCGGUUCAAGUUCAUGAGAUCCAAGGUAACGAUGUCGGACGAGAGCGACGGGUCCGUGUUCAUCAUCUCGCCGGCAGUAUCGGACCCGCUGUUCUCCCCGUUCAUGUAACGGAUGGGCUCGUGGUCGCCCGCAGGGACAGUGUAGAUCCCAGGAGGAUGGAGGUGACCGUCUCUCUCCGAAGCGCGUCCGUUGGCGAAUCCGUUCUCCCACGGCGGCUGCUUCAAGGUUAUCUGGUUCAAGGGUCGGUCGUAGGGAAGAGAGAAACUCCGACGGGAACCGAUGCUCGAGACGUCGCUCAUUGUCUCGGGAGAGGCUAA